AUGGACAGCACCGGCAAUGCCACCCUGCUCUUCGGCACCGGCAACGCCACCCUGCUCUUCGGCACCGACAACGCCACCCUGCUCUUCGGCCCGUCCACGCUGCCUCCGGACAAUUACACCUUGUCGCCCACCGCCAGCAGCCUGAGUCCCGGCCCGGACGCACCCCUGGCGCCGGCCUCCAGCGCCGGCCCGGGCCCCGUGCUCAGUGUGGCGCCGGGGCCCGGAGUCAGUUUCAGCCCCGGCCCCACUCCAACCCCGGCGCCGACGGCCGGCAGCUUCGCGGGCGGCGCGGGUGGCCCCAGCCCGCCCCUGUUCGCUCGGCCCGAGGCGGCCCACGAGCCCCCGUUUUGGGACACGCCGCUGAACCACGGACUGAACGUGUUGGUGGGCGCCGCCCUGUGCAUCACCAUGCUGGGCCUGGGCUGCACGGUGGACGGGAACCACUUCGCGGCGCACGUCCGCCGGCCGGUGGGCGCGCUGCUGGCCGCGCUCUGCCAGUUCGGCUUCCUGCCGCUGCUGGCCUUCUUGCUGGCGCUCGUCUUCUCCCUGGACGGCGCGGCCGCCGUGGCGGUGCUCCUCUGUGGCUGCUGUCCCGGCGGGAAUCUCUCCAACCUCAUGUCCCUGCUCGUGGACGGCGACAUGAACCUCAGCAUCAUCAUGACCAUCUCCUCCACCCUCCUGGCCCUGGUCUUGAUGCCCCUGUGCCUGUGGAUCUACAGCCGGCCUUGGAUUGACACCCCCCUGGUGCAGUUACUGCCCAUAGGGACGGUGAUCCUGACGCUCUGCAGCACUCUCAUCCCCAUCGGUUUGGGCGUCUUCAUCCGCCACAGAUACAGCCGGGUGGCCGACUACAUUGUGAAGAUUUCCCUAUGGUCUCUGCUAAUGACGCUGGUGGUCCUUUUCAUAUUGACCGGCACUAUGUUAGGACCUGAGCUGUUGGCCAGUAUUCCAGCAGCUGUUUAUGUGGUAGCGAUUUUUAUGCCUUUGGCAGGCUAUGCCUCCGGCUAUGGCUUAGCUACUCUCUUCCAUCUUCCUCCCAACUGCAAGAGGACGGUGAGCCUGGAAACAGGGAGCCAGAAUGUGCAGCUCUGUACCGCCAUCCUCAAACUGGCAUUUCCACCACAAAACAUAGGAAGUAUGUACAUGUUUCCCUUGCUUUAUGCCCUUUUCCAGUCUGCAGAAGCAGGGAUUUUUGUUUUAAUAUAUAAAAUGUAUGGAAGUGGAGUACUGCACAAGCAAGAUCCUCUAGAUGAAGAUGAAGAUACAGAUAUUUCUUAUAAGAAACUGAAAGAAGAGGAAAUGGCAGACACGUCCUAUGGCACAGUGAAAGCAGAUAAUUUAAUUAUGAUGGAAACCACUCAGACUUCACUCUAA